AUGACUGAAGAAUUUCUGGAAGAAGAGAGUGACUCUUUAUUAGAAGAUCUUUAUCAUGCUGAUGAAGAAGUAUUUGAUAUGGAUGAAGAAAUAGAAGAUACCAAAACACAAAUUGAUGAAUUAAUGAAAAUUUAUUCUUCAUUAAAAACUCAUAUUAACGAAAUUCACAUUGAUCAUAUCGCCAAAAUAACAGAUCUUAAGAAUGAAGUCGAAGAAACAAGAUAUCAACUUCAAGAUCAGCUUUCGCAACAAAUUGAAAAUCAAAAUGCCGAAAUAGAGCAAAUGCAGAGAGAUCACUCUCAAGAAAUAGAAGCGAUGGAAGCAGAACUUCGAUCUGUUCAAGACAUACCAUAUGUUUAUUUAGAAAAAGAAGUUGAAGAAUUCAAUAAACUAAAUUCAUUAAUAGGCCAACAACAAGAAAUGCAUAAAACGCAUAUGACAACACUCAGACAGUCGAAUACAAUCAAAACUAACGAUAAAAAUUACAAAAAUCAACAUGAUUUUUUAUUAGUCGAAAUCGAAAACCUUCAAGAUGCAAUUGCACGUACGAGAGAUAAUAGAAAUGAAGUGCUACGUGGUUUAGAACAAAAUAGCCUAAAUUCACAACGACAACACGAAAUUACAAUGAAUCGCCUUAAAAACGAAAUAAACAAGCGAGAUAAAUGCAUGGAAGAACAUAAAAAGUCAAUAGAAAAACUUAUCGAUAGAGAAAAGAAGUAUGCACAACAAGAAAUUAGUCAUUUAGAAAAUAAUAUUAAACAUAUGAAUGAAAUCAAGAAAAAACUUAUCAAAAACUGCACAAAACAAGUAUCUACAGUUCUACAAAACAUAUACAAGGCAGAGAGAUCUCUAGAAAAAGCAGAUUCAGCGAAUAAUCAAUUAUUAACUCCAGAGAUUUCAGAAUUUGAUUUGGAUAAACUUCGACAAGAAAAAACUGAUUUAGAGACUGAAUUAGCAAGAAUUAAAGAGCUAAACAAACAAGUUUAUAACGCAAUUGUUUAG